GUUGGCUCCCAAUAGCAUAGCAUAUAGUUAAAACGCAAAACCCUCUCUGCGCCGCCCCCUGUCUCUCUUCACUUAUCUCCUUCCACUCAUCGAAGAACACUGAACCCUAAUCAUCAAUUCUCAAGAUGAAUCGGGAGAAGUUGAUGAAGAUGGCUAACACCGUCCGCACUGGCGGAAAGGGUACAGUCAGAAGGAAGAAGAAGGCUGUGCACAAGACCAAUACAACUGAUGACAAGAAGCUCCAAAGCACCCUCAAGAGGAUUGGAGUUAAUUCCAUUCCAGCUAUUGAAGAAGUUAACAUCUUUAAGGAUGAUGUUGUUAUUCAGUUCACCAACCCCAAGGUUCAAGCUUCAGUUGCUGCAAACACAUGGGUUGUUAGCGGUUCUCCUCAGACCAAGAAAUUGGAAGAUAUCCUUCCUCAGAUUCUCAGCCAACUUGGACCAGACAACAUGGACAAUCUGAGGAAGUUAGCAGAGCAGUUUAAGAAUCAAGCCCCUGUUGAUGGGAAUGCCUCAGCAACUGUGCAAGAGGAUGAUGACGAUGAUGUCCCAGAUCUUGUAGCUGGUGAGACAUUCGAAGCUGCUGCUGAAGAGAAAGUAGCUGCUGCUGCUUCUUCUUAGAGAAAAAGAGCGAAAUCACAACAACUUGAGAAACCGCACUUUGAUUAUUAAAUAUCUUUUUAUAAAUGUUUGUUCGCUCGAUCCGUUUUUGUAGUUUUUCCGACCAGAUUGUUCGUUCUCAGAUAAUUAUUUAAGGUUUUUAUCCAAUUGAUUGAUGUUCUCAAGCCC